ACACUGUCGUCGUGGCCGUAUCGGCUACCGUUUAUCAGGUGCCGGAUGCCAUAAUUAGAAGAAGAAGAAGAAGUUCAGAGUUGUUUAAGCCUUUUGCAAAGCAUAUCGAAGAGGCGGCGACAUGUUCCGACUGUUCCGAGACGCUCCGAAAAUCGGCGUGAAGGUCUGCGCCUGUUGCCUUAAACCACUUACACCAUGCUGGCACUCCGUCCCGCCCUUGCAGCAUGUCCUAAGCGUCCGAGUGGGGGACCUGUUGGAGAAGCUGAUGCUGUUAAACUACGACGCGGAAUUCGUGCAGGAGCUAAAACUGAAACCGAUCGUUACGAUCGUUACGCGUCACUUUAUACUUUCAACGGAUCCCGACGAGCAAUUUUACACGUUCACUUGCCUGGCCGUGUGGCUGAUUAGGAAAGCGGGGAGGAGCUUCGAAAUGCCGCAAGAAUCGGACGAUCCCAAUUCCACGAUAGCCCUGAUCUUGAAUUAUCUCAGGGAGAUCGAAAUACCUGUGGAGUUCCCGCCACAGGCAACAAACGAGCUUAAGGAGGGCUACGGUGAGACCGCGGUGUACAUUUUGGAUAAAUUGGCUGAUAACGCUUUGAAAGUGGCAGAAUUCGCUAAGACAGAAACCAUUAAGACAGACUCGAGAGACUGGAGAGCGCAUCCCGAGCAGAUGAAACAAUUGUGCGGGAAUAUCACGACCAAUCUGAGCGGUACGAAGACGCACUUGAGUAAAAUCUCCACCGACACCGGGAAUACCUUUGACAAGAUCAAAACCUACCUCAACAGGCAGCUCGAGCCGUCCUUAACGGAAUACCGCUCGCUGCAAGAAGACUUGUCGAAAAUCAAGGAGCAGUACAGAGACGUUAGCGGCAGCGUUACCGAACGAACGCGAGCUCUUAAUAAAUUAAUGGAGGAGCUGGAAGACCACAUGAAGAGAGAGAUGGACGAGAGAGGAUCCAGCAUGACGGAAGGCACGCCGCUCAUCAAUAUAAAGAAGACGAUCACGAGGAUGAGGAACGAGAUCGCCGAGAUGAACAUCGAAAUUCGUAUCGGCGUGCUGGAGUACAGCUUGAUGUGCGCGCAAGUACAGGAUUGCAUGCAGCUGCGAAAGAACAUGAAGAGCACGAGUAUCUCCGUAAUUGCUUUUCUUUUUGUAACAGCUAUAUAUAGCUGUACAUUAUAUGUUUUGUUUUGCUAUAUAUAGCAUGUUUUGUUCUAUAGUGUAGACGCGGCUUAAUAAUUUAACGGACGUCGCGCACGUUUUCUGCUAUUCGUAUUCCCACGCUUUAAUCCGUCCGGCACGUAAUGUCACGUGCGAAUGUCUAGUCACGAGUAUUGUCAAAUACUCGUGACUAGACACGGGUCCAAUUAUUCCGUCUCUGUCGCGGUUGCGACGUACGCAAACUGGAACCGGAAGGUUCCGCCGCGGUAAUGAGUCGCGCACGGAUUUACACAUUUUGUACGUUUAUACUUAGCUCGCAAUUGCGAACAUUGUGAUUGUCUGUUGACACAGUCACCGUGUUUGGAUUAAAUAAAGAGAGCUCUUCAUUUUUCA